AUGGUGCGGUAUCUAGUCGAGCACGGUGCCGAUGUACGUAUUGCGAAGGAGCAUAAUGUCACAAAUGUAAUGGUAAGUGCUCGCUAUGCGCAUCAAGAGAUGAUUGCUUAUCUCGUAGAUGAGCUAGGCUGUGAUGUCAAUGAAUGCGAUGAUGAUGGUCGAUCGGCGCUCUUUGAUGCUGUGAACUCUGGAUCACUUGAGACAGUGCAGUUUUUGCUCGAGCGCGGGGCUCGCAACUUUCGAGCCACUUUUGAUCAUAUGAGUCCGUUGAUGUGGGCGGCUGAAAAAAGACGUGCGGAUCUUGUAGAUGUUCUGUCUCAUCACUGCUCGUUGCUCGAACUGAUUGAAGCGAAAGAACUGCUUGCCAGUGCUUUUGUGUGGCGUGAACACGGUACGUGCGAUCUCGAACGAUCAUUUGAGCAAAUUUCUCGAGCGAUCGAACUCAGAUCAAUUCAUAGUUUCCCGAAAGUUGUCCUGUCAGCAACUGCUGAAGUAUUCGAAAAUCGUCAAGAAUGUCAGACGAUUGAUCAGCUAGAAGAUCUCCGAUCGAACCCCAUCGGUAUACACGUUGAGGCACUACUUGUGCGUGAACGGCUUCUUGGUCCGGCGAACAGUGAAUAUCUCCAUUCACUUCGUUACCACGGGGCUUGGUUGGCUGAUAAUGGGCAGCACAAUCGAGCAGUUGCUUUCUGGAUGUACGAGCUCGCGUUGCGGCGGCAAUAUUCAAUCCCCAUCGACACGGAGUACUUGCGCAUAUUCGCGUCACUCUUCGCGGAAAUAGUGUUUCAAUCAUUACCCAUUCCGACACAUGCUUUGUUGCAAGUGAUGACGGCGACAAGUGAUGAGCUGGCAUGUCAUACGACAGAAAAUGAUUACAACAUGCAUACAUUACUCUUUCUGGUAACAGUUGCCAGUCAGAUACCCAUCGAAGAAUUCUAUGUUAGUGCGCGUCGAGAGUUCUUUCUUCGAUUUCUACGAACCAUCAAUCAACGCCAAUGUGUUACCAACUAUCUAUUCCAUAAUUCGUGAUAUGAAUAAAACACUGAAAGAAGAAAAACAUUUCGAUGAAGACAUCGUUCACGUCUACCGUGCUCUCUAAAAAAAAUAGGCAUUUUAAAAAACCUAAAAAGGGUUCGGGAAACUGCAAAUAUACGGAACCCUUUAAAAGGUUUAGUAAGGGGUUUUUGACGU